AUAUCCGUUAUUUGAAGAAAACCAAGAAAUUUUCGUUUGAAGCGCGUGUUGAAGAGGUUUUUUGCGAAGAAGAUCCAAGUUUCAUCUUCGUAUGUUUGUUGUACUUUGAAAUCAGUACAAAAUUUCCGAUCUCGUGUCCGAUAUUUUGGAAAUUUUCGUUCCACAAACGGUAACCAUGUAUGCCGCUGUGAAGCCGCUGUCUAAAUAUCUGCAAUUUAAAUCAGUUCGAAUAUACGAUGUGGUAUUUACAUUGCACUCCAAAUGUACGGUGGUCAUCUUGUUGACUUGCUCAUUUCUGCUAUCGGCCAAACAGUAUUUCGGGGAGCCUAUACAAUGUAUGGGUGAUGAUAAAUACAGCGAAUUCGUAAAUUCCUUCUGUUGGACAAUGGGCACCUAUGUGCUCAAUGUGUACGAUGUUCAAGAUCAAAUUCCACAUGGUGAUAAAUUGUUAAGCACACAGACUGGAGUCGAAUCGCCUUAUAUAGCUGAGGGCAUAUCCUCGGAGAUACCAGGUGUUACUGAGAGAGUUUAUUUGCGUUACUAUCAGUGGGUCAUCAUGUUACUCUUGCUGCAGUCGGUUAUCUUCUACUUUCCAUCUUUUCUUUGGAAGAUGUGGGAAGGGCAACGCCUUAAGCAGUUAUGCUCCGAAGUCGGUGAUGCUCUAGUACCGGAAAACACUUAUUUGGAACGUCUUAAAUUGUUAGUAAAGUACUUUACAUCGGAUUAUAAGGACAUACACUUUUGUUACAUGGUAAAAUGCCUAUCAUGUGAGGUAUUAAAUUUUUUUAUCAGUGUAAUAAAUAUACUGUUGCUUAACGUAUUCUUAAACGACUAUUGGACGAAAUACAUCAAAGCUUUGGCUACCAUACACCGUUAUGAUUGGGACACCUGGAAUCGGAUGACUUCGCGAAUUUUUCCGAAAAUCGCCAAAUGUGACUACUAUGCAUUUGGUCCAAGUGGCUCUCAAAACAAACGCGAUGUUCUUUGCAUUCUUCCGCUCAAUAUAUUAAAUGAGAAAAUUUUUGCUUUUCUGUGGUGUUGGUUCAUCAUAAUGGCUAUAAUUGCUGGUUUAAAUUUGCUCUAUCGCUUAUUUCUCAUAUCUAGUAGAACAUUUCGAAUGAAAAUGAUCAGUACGCAGUUGCGAUCAAUGCCUGCGUCACAGGUGCAGAGAGCUCUUGAGAAUGUAAGCUUUGGCGAUUGGUUUUUGCUUUUUAAAGUUAGUGUCAAUAUAAAUCCAACGUUGUUUCGAGAUCUCAUACAAGAAUUGUACAAGCAACGUAAGCUGCAGAAUAAUUUGACAUCAGUUUAAUUGUAAAACGGACUUCAGUAGUUAACUGAAGACUAACUAUUAUCUAUAAGAUUUUGCAUCGAAUGCCAUUUUGACCGAUUUAUACAAUAAAAAUUGAAUUUGAUUUCGCUGAUGACAAACGAAUGUUACAAAAAUAUUUAGUUACGUCUAAAGCUCACAUAAUACAUAUAAUAUAUGUAUGUAUUUGUGCUGUGUUGGGAGAAAUCUUCAAAUAUUUUGGCAAUUAUUGAAUUACUUAUUUUUGUAUUGAGCAAGCGAACAAAGUGAAUAUUACAAUAUGAAUAAUUAUAUUAGUAGAGUAAAAUGUUUAUGAAUAAACAUAUAAGUUUUGUUUUCUGCCUCUGUUAUAACUGUAACGUGUGAAAUUUUAAAGACGAUAAGUGAAUUUCACAAAGAAUGAAAUAAACAUAAGAUUUGAAUGAAGUCAAUUAA